UAGGGAACUGUUUGCUUAUAAAAGUUAACAAGUUUGGAAGAAAGUAAUUAGACGCGUAUAAUUUGUAAAUUCCAUAGUUGUUAUAAUAUUUAAAGAAUAAAGUAUGAGCUGAAUGUAUUCAAAUGUUUUUUGGUAAAAAGAAAUUCUCCAACUAUGUUGUUGACUUUAAGGUGAAAGGAAUAUUUCAGAGAGCGCCACAUGUAAAUUGAUGAAAACACGUCAUCGUUACAUUUAACAGUACACAAGUAGAGGAAUGAAAUUUUUCCUCAUACGCGAAUUUUAAAUGUCAACAUUUGUGUGAAAAUUAUUACUUUCGCGUAAUUAGGCAUUUUUCAUGAUAAAAAAAAUGUACUUAAAAAACGUAACAAUUGUUAAAGCAUUAUGGAGAUCAUUCUAACCUAAUUUACUUUCCUUGAAUGAAUAAUAUCGUAAUAUAAAGUAUGAUGUCCAAUGGAAUUUGGAUCUCUACUGAAGAAGUUGGAGGAAAGUCAAUGUCAAAGAAUGCAAAUUGUUCACCCAUAACAUCUUCAACAUUGAAUUCUCCACUUAUGAAGUUGUCUUCAUAUUUCUUAGCUGUUCGACCAUGGUCAUUAAGUGCUUCAUUAAUGCCAACACUUCUUGGAUCUGCAUUAGCAUAUCGAUUAACAAGUACAGCAAGUUUUAGCUGGAUAUCUUUGAUUCUAACAGUAUAUACAGUUUUUUGCGUACAUGGGGCUGGUAAUGUAGUAAACACUUAUUUCGAUUACAUAAAAGGAGUUGAUAGCCGGAAAAGUGAUGACAGAAUAUUGGUAGAUCAACUUUUAUCAAAGGAUGAAUUAGUUUCACUAGGUGCAAUAUUAUAUACAGCAGGGUGUUUGGGUUUUGUUUUAUUAACAACUAUAUCUCCUGCAAGAAUGGAACAUCUUGCACUUGUGUAUUUUGGAGGUUUAUCCUCUUCAUUUCUUUAUACAGGAGGAAUAGGAUUUAAAUACAUUGCAUUAGGUGAUGUCCUUAUCUUAGUUAUAUUUGGUCCAAUUUCAGUUUUGUUUGCAUUCAUGGCUCAAACUGGUUAUAUCGAACUAGGUACAAUAUACUAUGCUAUACCUCUUGCAUUAAAUACAGAGGCUAUUCUACACAGUAACAAUACCCGAGACUUAGAAAGUGAUAAAAAGGCAGGCAUAGUGACAUUAGCUAUUUUAAUAGGUCAUACCAUAUCUCAUGUUUUGUAUGCUUUUUUAUUAUUCACUCCAUAUGUAACUCUGGUAGUGCUUGCAUUAAGGUAUUCUAUAUGGUUUUUAUUACCAGUAACUACUUUACCAACUGCCUUCAAAAUAGAAAAACAAUUCAGAAACCCUCAUAUGAUUCAGAGUGUACCCAAGCAAACAGCUAAAUUAAAUAUGUUUUUGGGCAUUUUAUAUGUCAUUGCUUGCUUACUUGUGAAUCCCCUUCCCUAUCUGUAACAUACAUAUGAUUUGGUAUCAUUAUCCAGAAAAGAACUUAAAUGUGCAAAUAAUUGUAUGAGCAGCUCUUAGUGUAAUCUUACAUAAGUUACAAAUAUUGCUUUCACCACUUUACAUUGUUAUUAAUUCUUAAUUACAUAGUCAAGUGAUGCAUUAUGAAAUGCAUUUUUUAGUAUAUCGUAUUAAUAAUAUUUGUAAUACAAUAAAAAUUUGGAGAUAAUUUUCUAACAA